GAAUUUGUUGGGUCACGAUUUUUCAGAGGUGGAUCAGACAGUGAAUCAGAGGAGGAGGAUAUUAUUUCAUCGGAUGAAUUAUCAGACGAGGGUGAUAUUAGUGAAGAACCAGAGUCCGAAGAUGAAGUAGUAAAACCACAACAAUCAAGAUAUCUUAAAGAUGCCACCUCAGAUGAUAGUGAUUCUGAAAUUGACAGAAAGGAGCGGUUCAAGUCUGGCAAAGAUAAAAGGAUGGAAGCAAUUGAAACUUGUAUAAAAGCUAUCGAGAAUGCGCAAAAAAUUAAUGACUGGGUCGUGAUUCAAAAUGGAAAAGAUACUGGUGAUCUUGACUCACAAUCAGACGUGUUAUCCGAAGAGGAUGCUGGAGGAGAACAGUUUACUAAAAAUACCGACCGCUUGGAGCAAAUCAAAACUCUUCAAAAACUUUUGGAAGUUGCUGCAACACCGUAUCAACAAAUUCGCGUAUUGAUUGCUUUAAUACCUGCUCAGUUUGAUUAUAAUCCCAGCAUGAGUAAUUAUAUGAAUGUUGAUAUCACCCAGAAAGAGAUUAACCAACUUUUAACAAUUCUUGAAACUAAUCCUCAAUUCAUGAUUCAUGAAUUUAUGGAGGAAGAUAUUGAUGAUAAAGAACCUGUGAUUGAACCUGGUCAAAUAUUUGGAAUACGUGGUUCAAUUGUUUCUUUCAUUGAUCGUUUAGACGAUGAGUUCACAAAAUCAUUACAAAAUAUCGAUCCACAUACUACGGAUUACGUGGAUAGAUUGAAAGAUGAGACGGACCUGUAUGACACUAUUAUAAGGGGUCAAAUCUAUUUUGAAAAGAAUGAAUUAAAUGAGAUUCAACAGUUAUACCCGGCAGGUCUUACCUCAAAAAUAACCUCACCUACGUCCAGCAGUGAUCCUUCAGAUUUAAUUCACGCACUUUGCGUUUACCUCUACAAGAAAGGCGAAUCUCUGUUACGUACACGUGCUAUGCUUUGUCAUAUUUAUCAUCACGCGUUACACAACCGCUUUUAUGUUGCGCGAGAUAUGCUCUUGAUGUCACAUUUGCAAGAUAAUAUUCAUCAAAGUGAUGUAGGAACUCAAAUUUUGCACAAUCGCACCAUGGUUCAAGUUGGCCUUUGUGCUUUCCGGGAAGGGAUGAUCAAAGAAGCCCAAAGUUGUUUACAAGAAAUUUGUGGGACAGGUCGUGCGAAAGAAUUGUUGGCUCAGGGUUUACAAUUACAGAGAUAUUCACAACUCCCAUUAGAGCAAGAAAAACUAGAUCGUCAACGCCAAUUACCGUUCCAUAUGCAUAUUAAUUUAGAAUUAUUGGAGUGUGCUUAUUUGACAUGCUCUAUGCUUUUAGAAAUACCCAGCAUGGCGGCUGCAGGAUCAAAUCCCGAAGCACGUCCCCCGGAAAAUACGCGGGAUCACAUUAUGGGCGCGGCUAAGGCACUUGCUGCGGGUGAAUGGAAAAGAUGUCAAGAACUUAUAAGUGCCAUAAAAAUUUGGGACUUAAUGCCAGAAACGCAAAAGAUAAAAGAAAUGUUGAAUAGAAAAAUUCAAGAAGAAGGCCUUCGCACAUAUUUAUUCACAUAUUCAGCAUAUUACGAAACGUUAGGAAUUGAGCAAUUAGCUAUAAUGUUUUCUUUGCCUACGAAUUCAGUAACUGCCAUAAUUUCAAAAAUGAUUUGGAAUGAAGAAUUGGUCGCAUCACUAGAUCAAGUCGAUAGUGUUGUCGUAUUACACCGAGUUGAGCCGACAAAGGUUCAGCAGUUGGCCUUAAUGUUUGCUGAAAAAGCAGCAUCGUUUGUAGAAGCAAAUGAAAAAACACUAGAAUUGAAACAACAGGCCGGACAAAAUCAAAGAGAUCAACAAAGGCAAAAAGAAACAGCAUCCAAAGCAUCAACUCUUCGAAUUAUUAAUCAAGAAGAACUUCGCAGUUUAUUCGAACAACGAAAGGGAUCUCAAUACUUCAUUCCUGAAGGAUAUGAACCGAUUUUAAUUCCACGCGAUUCGCAACUACAACCUGUGGCAACCCUUUUACAAAAUAAUAAAGGCUUACAACAACGUUCUCUACAAAAACAACAAUUAAAAAUUCAACAAGCCAACCAAAAUUCGGCAGCGCCGGGAGUAGUCGUUGUUAAUAAAACCUUGACACAACUAGUUUCGCCCCUAAAUUGCAAUCUAAAUUCUACACCGCCCGACGUUCGGUUUCCUCAUUUAGUGUUGGCUCGUGCAACACCGACUCCGCGGGGCGGAGCGGUUACUAAAACAACAAAGCCUAAGAAGCCUCCAAGACCUCCUAACGCAUUUAUACUUUAUAGACGUUCUAAACAACAAGCUAUAGUUGCGGCAAACGAGGGAAUAUCAAACAAUGAAGUAUCAAAGCAAGUUGGGGAAAUGUGGCACAAAGAACCCAUUGAAGAGAAAAUGAAGUUUCAACGACAAGCCGACGCGGCAAAAUUGGAACAUAUGCGAAAGUAUCCAGAAUAUAAAUAUCGACCUAGAAGACCUCAUGAAAAACGUCGUCGAACAAAAAGUCAAUCGGUCGAUCAAAAUACUUCAACUGAUACUAUAAAUACAGUCGAUACAGGAUUUGAUUAUUACGAAGAUGAACCUCGUCGAAAUUCAAUACUAUCAGCUCAAGAUAUAAAUGAUAUUGAUUAUGAAGAAUUUAAUUAUGAUCAAAUGCCAAUUUAUGAUAAUGUAUCUAAUAUGGUAGAAGAAUCUAAUCAGAUCCAAUAUUCGGUAAAUUCAUGUUCACCAUCAACAUCACCGAACGAAUAUGUACGUAUAGAAUCCUCGACCUCUUUUGAUAUUAUGAUGGAUGGAGUUUCGCCAGACUCAGAAUCAGAUGCAACUUCGUUCGGAUUCUUUGAUUACGGAUAUCAAUCGCAUCCCGGUGAAUCAUUUGGUUAUUUACAACAGUUUAACGUUAACCCAUUUGAUUUUAGCGCAAUGAUCCCAUCUACAUCACAUAUCGAUUCUUAA